UGCGACCAAUGGCGAAGCGCGCUUUUUACAAACUGCUGCGAGUCCAGGAAGUUGACAGCCCACUGCGGUGUGAAAGGACAUAACAAGGGAUCUUUAAAUCUGCACAAAACGCCUGGAAAACCAAAACAUUUCGAAUUAAUUGUAUCAGAAAUAUUUAAUUAGAUGCACAGAAGGAAGUAACAGAGGCUCUUUCUAUUUUGAAAUUGUUCUUCACACCUUGCUAUCAUUAUGGACUCCUCUCCAGUCCUUCGCCAGCAAAGUCAGAACAAAAUCCGCAGUGACUUUCUGAGAAUGAAGAAUGAACACAACAAAAUUCCAGCGCGCGCAAAGCCUUCCAAACUCCUGUCCGCACCUCACCUUUCCGACCGGGAUAUUGAGAACCAGGAUCCAGGAAACUCAGAAAUGGGUAGGAAGGCACCUGUGAGACCAGGUGUAAGUCGGCUUCCGGUGCUUGCCAAGUCCCUUCGUCUUCAGACUCCCUCCGACUUCAGUCAAUCUCACUGUACAUGGGAGGAGAAACCUCUGGCUGGGAAAGCAAAGAAGAAAAAGCCAUGCACCAGGCCUAUACCUUUCAACCUGUCUCAGCCCAAGAGCUCAAGAAUAGCCACAGAAAAUCAACAGCCCAUAACAGUUUCACAAUCAAGGACUGGCACUCAUGCUGUCCAACCUAUUAAUAAUGUAUGCAAUGCUCGUCUAAAAACCCAAAACAUAAAUGCAAAACCUCUUAAAAAUCCGGCUUUGUUAAACAGUGAUGUAGACUCAACCAAAGGUACAGGGAAGUCUAAUGGAAAGGCUACAAAAAAUACAUCUCAGCUGUCAGGACAGUCCGGGCCUUCCAACAUAUUUAAGACUUCAGCCACUUUGUCCAAUCCUCUAUCAUCCAUUCCUUAUAAUGCUAUGCAUCAGAACAGCGCUGCUUCUUCUGCACAGCCUGCUCUUAGUGCAGAGGCCUGUUUGGAUAACAUGAACCUGCUCAGUCUCAAAGAUCCAACCAAGACAUCCCAUGCUAGUCAAAACAUACAGCUGACGACGCAGGGCAAUUUUUCCAAGAGCUCAACCGACAAAGGGGAGAGCUUCCAGCCUGACCAUGCGGCUUUGCUUAGUAUCCUCCGGAAUGAGGGUGUAAGUGCUACAGGUCUGGGCUCUGCAACUCCACAGUCCAAACCCUAUAAAUAUCUGCCCCAGCGAGUGUCUGUCAUGAAGAGUCGACAAAAAGCUGGACCCACUACAGGAUCAGUGAAGUCAAUGCAGUUCUCCCCGGACCACGCUGCACUGCAAAGUAUCCUGCAGAACGAGGGAGUGAAGGUUGGAGGGCUUGUUGGUGCCACACCCCAAAACUCUGUCUGUCCAUCAGGCAGAGGAACUUCAAUCUUCACAGCUCAGAGAGUGCCGGUUAGAAAGAAUCAUGCAGAGGCGGCCGGAGGACCAGUAGCUGUUUUAUCCUCAGCAGUAGCAAUCAAAGAGACUCCAUUGAAGAAAUGGACCCCACAGAGAGUCCACGGCACCAGGCAUCAGCCCAUGUCUGCUAUGAAAUGGCAUCUGCCGACACAACAGUCGCCAUACGCCGGCACUCCCGGGCUGCAGAGCUGUAAAACCAACCUUCAGCCGCACCAGGAGCAGGAGGUUGUUCAGAGAUUAUUUGAUGAUCAAGAGGACGAGCAGAUCACGAAUGUGUCAGACAGUAAUCCUGAGACACAAGCAGAGCAGCUCCCAGUUCAAGCCACAACUGAUAAAUCCCACUGUGAAGAAAAGGUAGAGACGAGCAGGGCCAACGGCGAUGAGGAUGAAGAGCAGGAGCAGAUGACUGUGGGAGGACAGCCGUUCUUCCAAGCACCGCAAAGAGAGUCUGUCAUUUUUUUCUCAACUGGCAAAAAGCUGUUCAGAGCCCCACGUUUUGAGAAACCAGAGAGCUCAGCCCAUCACAAGCAACAUGGCCCAGUACAUGAAGAGAUGUCAUCUGUGUCACAACCAACCUGUUGGAUCAACCCUUCUGUUCAGAGUCUGUACAGAGACCUCAUUGUUCAGAAGACUUGUACUCUGAGUCCUGCCGUGGCGAUGCUACGUAAGUGCCUUCCUUCUCUGGAAGAGCUGCGUAUGGACGAGGAGGUGGCCACCUACACCUCAGUGUCUGCCCCGGCUGCUCCCGGGUUUCUCCCCCUUCGGCCCCGCUGUGGAAAUCCGUUGGCCUCCAUCCUGCACUUGGAAGAGUCCUCUAGAUUUGUUCCAAUUGGCGGCAAACUCUCGUCUGGUCCUUCUUCACACAGUUCUACACUGCAGUAGAGAUAACUUGCACUACAAGUACAGUAUUUGUUUUACAGUGAAUAUCCAGAGUGGAUAAGCUUACUCUGGUGUACUGAUGAGACUUUUUUUAAUAGAAUUGAUGUUUGUCCAACACUGUUGUUGUCGGCCUUAAUACAAGUCCAAAGAAUGCCACUGGUAUAAUUUUUUUAGAUACCCAUCAACUCUUUUGUCUUAUAAAUGUUUAUGACCACUCUCUGUAGAUGUUUUCUUUAAAAAUUUUUUGGUAAUUUCUGUUAAAUAAUGUAUCUUUACACUGCACGCACACAUUAGAAGCAAUGUUUAUGAAAUGAAUCAAAAGCUAAAUGUUGGAAAAAUAAACAUUUUAAAAGGUCAAUGAAAACUCUGGACGAGAUCAGUGUUGUUUCUAUAGUAAACAUAUAGAUUAGGGUGGCUCAGAGCAUUGUUAUUUGUAAUUUUUUUUAAGAAUCUUGUGUAGAUUGACUACUGUCCUUGAUGUACAGUGUUUAUAAUAAAUUUAUAUAUGUUA